CCAUGAUGCUUUUCGAGUUAUAUCAACAGAUCACUUCAUGUAAAACCGCGCAUCGAAACGCUAUAGGUUUUUCUAUAAGUUUUGGCUCAGUGAUUUCGCUGAUCAAGAAUAUAAAUUUAGGGUUUAUUUCGUGGUGGACUCACCUUUGACACCAUUAAGAUGGUGUACAUUGUAGGCGUGGUAGGAAUUGUGGUAUUCUAUAUUGUCAUCCUAGUGCUUGGAUUAUGGGCAGCAAGGCGUCGCAAGGAAGGCGAGGAGGAAACCAUGUUGGCUGGUCGGAGUAUAGGACUGUUUGUGGGGACAUUUACCAUGACUGCAACUUGGGUUGGCGGCGGGUAUAUCAAUGGUACGGCAGAGAUGGUUUACACAAGCACCUUAGUCUGGGCCCAGGCCCCUUGGGGAUACGCUCUUAGUCUUGUGAUAGGCGGUCUUGUUUUUGCAAAGAUCAUGCGGAAGCGCGAGUAUUUCACCAUGUUGGAUCCGUUUCAAGAGAAGUAUGGAGUGCGCAUGGGCGGACUGCUCUACAUCCCUGCCCUCAUGGGUGAGAUCUUCUGGACCGGAGCAAUCCUCUCCGCGCUUGGUGCCACUGUAAGCGUGGUGAUUGGUUUAGGCCAGGAGCUGUCAGUCAUCGUCUCAGCGUGCAUCGCUAUAUUCUACACACUGAUUGGUGGAUUGUACUCUGUGGCGUAUACUGACGUCAUACAGCUCGUUUGCAUAUUCAUUGGUUUGUGGCUAAGCAUUCCGUUCGCCUUGACCCAUGACGCGGUAACAGACAUAUCCGUCACGGCUACCGCAGACGCGUCUGGAUGGAUCGGCGAGUUUCCCGUACAACCGGGACCCUGGAUUGACUUUGCACUUCUUCUUACAUUCGGCGGCAUUCCUUGGCAAGUGUACUUCCAGCGCGUCUUGUCAUGUAAGACAGUGAACGCGUCACGGAAUCUUUCCCUCGCAGCGGCUGUUGGCUGCAUCAUUAUGGCAAUCCCUGCCGUCAUCAUCGGCGCCAUUGGCAAAUCCACUGAUUGGACAAAAACGGGCUUCUACACAGCCCCGGCUGUUGGAGUCAAUCAGACGAUAAACGCGACGUUUGUUAAUGCUUCGGCGAACGCCACAACAGCUUCGCCAAUCGUAGGACCUUCAGGCCCACUCGUCCUUCCCAUGGUGUUACGUCACCUUACCCCUAACUACAUCGCGUUUUUCGGCCUGGGUGCUGUCUCGGCAGCAGUUAUGUCGUCAGCCGAUUCCAGUGUGUUGUCGGCAGCAAGCAUGUUCUCGCACAACAUCUACAAGAUGAUCUUCAGACAAAAGGCCACGCAGCGCGAGUUGUUAUGGGUAAUGCGGCUUGCCAUCUUUCUAGUCGGUGCCAUAGCAACUAUCAUGGCCUUGGUGGUAGAGUCUGUCUAUACGCUGUGGUUUCUCUGUGGAGAUGUCGUCUACGUCACGCUCUUCCCACAGCUGUGUUGCGUGAUCUUCUUUCAUGACACUAAUACGUACGGUUCUUUCACGGGCUUCAUCCUGGGUAUUUUGCUUCGGGUGUUAGGUGGUGAGCCGGCGCUCAAGAUCCCUGUGAUUAUAAAGUUCCCGUAUUACAAUGAAACUGACGGUCAACUCUUCCCGUUUCGUACGCUGUCCAUGGUCUGCGCCUUCGUCACUAUCCUCGCCGUCUCGUACCUAGCGCGCCUGCUCUUCCUCAAGGGCGUGUUACCGCUGUCCGCAGAUUUCGCCGAGUGCUUCACAGAGCCCAAGUCGUACGAGCUCAAAGAGACUGGUAACAAAAGUCAUGAGAUGUCUUCAUACCAGGACCACGCAGACGAGAAAAAGGCUUUUUAAGAUUUUCUUCCCUGUUUUCUGUGUUAUAUGUGAUUCCAAAAAAAAAUUAUAAAAACUUAUCACCUAUAAAAAAACACAAUCAAAUGUAAAGAAUGAUUUAGGGUUUAUACUCUUUUACGAGUAUCUAAACUACGCACCACUUUUCAAUCCGCACAAUCGAUCCUAUUAUUCCCAUUGAGUUGUAUAAUUUUAUGCGACAAUUCAUUUAAAUUGUAAAUUAAGAUGCUACUAAUAAAACUCGAGAUGAAAUAGUA